AUGUCCGCUACCAACCAGAUCCAGCGCAAGCCGUCGGGGCGCAACCCGCUCCGCACAGUCUGGCGCGAGACGUACGAGGUCUGGGACGGGGUCUGCCACGGCGUGGGGAAGGCCUAUUUCAAGAUUACCGGCAGAUGGUUGGCCUGCUUCACCGUUGCCGUCAGUCAAGUCGACCCAGGCCUAAAACUCGAGGAACCCGGAAAUGUGUUCCAGUAUCGCUGCUACGGUCCACAGCGUCUGAGACAGACGUCGAUUUCAAGAGAUACGACGAAGACCAGGGGACAGACCACGGACGGACGAUACACGGGCUGA